CUCUUUAGCGUUGGCCGGGGUUGAAAGUGCAGCUGUUAAAGAUGUAAAAGACAGUAAAGCUCAAGCAGGAGCAUCUAAACGAGUUUUCAUGCCAGCAUCUGAUGCCUCAAACUUCUUCAAACAACGCAGUCGCAGAUCCCCAAGAACUUAUGAAGAGUACUAUGCAGAGCAGAGGGUGAAGAUGGCAGCAAACGAGCGAAGGAGAGAGCACUUAGAGGAACAAAACAACGAAUACGAGAACUAUUUAGAGGAGGAGCGCGAUGAACAGUACGAGAGGACCAGAGAGAAGAAUGAGCAGUGGAGAGAAUUCCACUAUGAUGGGCAAUACCCACGAUACCCUUACCACCGCCAAUAUGUCUGAGGCCCGUGCAAUGCCUCAGAAAGUGGAUAACCAUCGUUUGAGGGAUACUUUCAUUACAUUAUGUAAUUAUUCACAACAUUUAAGCACUUAUAGAUUUAAAGCUUAAUACAUGUAUAAUAAAAGGGUUUGUGUGUUUGGAAUGUGACUCCCCCCUCCCCCUCCCGUUGUAAUUGCUUAUCUUUACUCUAUUAUUGGACUCUUUAUCAAAACAUUCAUGAUUAGUUUGUGAUUUUAAGCUGUUUUCCAAUAGCAACCCAUUUCCUUCUUCAGUAAUUACAUUCAGCUGUCAUCUGACCUCCCUUUUUAAUAACUUUCAUUCUGUACUCUUGUGUGACUAAAGCUUCUUUGAUUUUCCACAUUAGUGAGGAUUCGAUAUAAAACAUACCCACCAGAUUUAUAAAAGAGGGAAGGCCAAUAAAAGAAAAAAUGCAAAAGACCCGACAUCUUCUGCGUAUAUUGCAACAUCUUGUAAACUCAUAAAUACGGUGUAUAUAUAAUAAAAAAAGCUGAGGUUUGUGUGCGCCUUACAGACGGGA